AUGGAGCCGCUACCGAAGCAAUAUUUAUGUGGUGAAUGCGGCAAAGUGUAUAAAUGGAUGGACAAUCUACGCCGACAUCAAAGACUGGAGUGCGAUGAUGAUGAAAUGUCCAGUUGGUUAAUUGAACCGUUCGUAAAGCAGGAGCUUAAUGAAGGAGGCUGCUUUGAAUUCGUGACUGUCCCCAAUCUGUCUUCAAGGCGUAAGAAAAUGAAAGAAACUAUCCCGCUCGUUUGCGAUGAAUGCGGAAAGCAUUUCUCGAGGAUCGACAGUCUCAAAAGACACGAGAAGAGCUAUUAUGAGAAUGAGCAACGCACCGUAGAAAAGAGCAAUGAUGAGGAACCGGAAAUCUGCGAAGUAGCCUUUCAUGGUCAGCUUAAGUACCUGCUCUGUGACUCGCCGAUCCUUAACAGCGUGGAGGCAAAUGUGGUCCAGAAAAAUUCCAAGUCUUGUCAGCAAUUCCGUUGCGAUGGCUGUGGCAGAACAUACACUAGAGUCGACAGCCUGAAACGUCAUCAGCAGAAAUGCGACGAGUUUCUGGCGUCUUUUCAGGAUCGACAGGAAGCGUUAGAAAGGCUUCAGCUGCAGGAAUUUUAUUGUAAUCAAUGUGGCAAAUCGUACAAAAGGCUAGAUACUCUGCGUCGGCAUCAGCGCAAUCAAGUAUGCGCUGACAAAGAUAGCAACAAUUCUUCAAAAGUAGAUAAAAUUUAGAAGAACUUGUAAG